AUGGUGCUGAGCUGUCCAGCACUUCAGGAGCCGUUCACUGGGGGAGGCUCCGAAAGAGAACGGCAGGGCGAUUGUCGUGAAGCAAGAUUGGCCGGCGAAGAAGCCGGGGACGGAGCCGAAGCCGGGGCAAGAAUCCGAGGAAAAGCAGAAGGCAGAGAAAGGCUGAGAUCCCGGGGAAUCCAGAAGGGAGAAGAGGCUGGCAAGGAGAGAGGCGAGGCCAAACCCAGCUGCAGUGACUGGCACGGACACAAGAUCACAAGGGCGCAGAAUUCCCCAGCAAGAUUUCAAAGCAUCAAGCAGAAACCUCUCAGCAACUGCUAGCGAGGAGAGCUAGGACUUGACUCACUGAAAUCUACCCAAGGAGGGAUGUAUCCCAUCUUCUGAAAGUUUUCAGCCUGUACCACCAAAGACCACCCAGUUUACAUGUCUGUCUAUAACAACGGCACCAAGAUGCCUUCACCACAGGAGGCAUCCAAUGGCUUCCCCCAGCCCAGUGCCUCAGGCACUUGGCAUAAACCAGAAGAGGAAGUGCGACUGGUAGAAUCUGGCUUGGUGAAGAAGGCACACCGAGAAAUCCUGGACCAUGAGCGGAAACGGCGGGUGGAGCUGAAGUGCAUGGAACUGCAGGAGAUGAUGGAAGAGCAAGGGUAUUCUGAAGAGGAUAUCCGGCAGAAGGUUGGCACCUUCCGGCAAAUGCUGAUGGAAAAGGAGGGUGUUCUCACCCGUGAAGACCAACAUGGACGGCAUAUAGUGAUAGAAAAUCAUCAUAUGGUAGAUGGAGAAGAAUACGCCAUACAAUAUGCAGAAUAUGAAGAAGGUUGCCCAUUGCAGUGUGACUGUGCAGCUGACUGUUACCAAUACGACAGCAGUCACCAAGAAUACAGGCUGAAGAGACAAUCUAGUAGCUCCACCUCUCCACCACCAAAGAAGAAAAAGAAAAAAAAAUCAGGUCACCGGAGAAACCGCAAAAAAAGGAAACCUGGAUCAGAGCGUAGUGGGGGUAGUUCUUCCCCAGUUCGGAAGGAGAAGAAGAAGAAAAGUGGGAAAAAACACCGGAGAGACAGGUCUGGAUCUGGAUCUCAUAAGAAGAGGAGGCACAGGUCCAGAAGUCCCAAGAACAAAAGGAAAGAAAAAAAUAAAGAUAGAAAAAGAUCUCACAGUGAACUGUCUCCUCGUCGCUCCCACAGACACAGCAGCUAUAGUUCUCGGAGCCUUUCUCUUUCCUCGGAAUACAGUGACUGCAAAUCCACAAGCAGAUUGAGCCCCAAAUACAGAGAGGAUGGUCAAAGGGCCAGCAGCCACAGAUCCAGCCACAGCCCAUCCUCCUCUUGCACUGGCCACAGCCGAUCAGCCACGCCUCAUCAAAAUGGGCACAAGGGCAGUGCCCAGAAUGGCCGCCAUAGCCAUGGUGCCCUGUUGGAGAAGAAACAGGAGAGGUUGGGUUCCCUGUCGCCUUCAGCCAAAGGGCACAUAAAGACCGAAACCCUAUCGCUCCACGCCAAAGAAAGCAGGGGGAACAAACAUGGGGCCAAGACCCCCCGGAGGUCCACAUCCCCAGGGAGAUGCUCUGGAGGAGACAAACCCUCCCACAGGCGCCACACCAGAUCCACAUCAAAACACAAGCGCAAAGGGCAUCGCAGGGCCAAAACCUCUGCAAGCAAGGAAUCAUCCUGGUCGGUCAGCCAUACAGGAUAUAGCAGUGACUCAGAAGGGUCUACCUAUUCACAUCAAUACCACGCAACAACCGGGGCAGAAAAGAACCACAGGGUACAUCUGAAAACGGUAAAAGAGAGGCACCACCGGGGAAGACCACAUAGUUGUUCUCCAACUUCAGCCAAACACUCCAGACACAACUCUGAACGAAAGAGGAGUCUAUCUCGAAGCAGUUCCUGGAGCUCCAGCCGGUCUCCAUCAAAAUCCCGAUCCCGAUCUCGGGAGAAGAGAGCUGGGCGCAGCAGGACUCGAUCGGGAUCACAGAAAAAAAUAACAAGCAGCAGAGAGAAGGAAAAUGAGCCACGAACACGUCAUAGUGACACAGAACCAACCCGUGCCCGACGACGUUCCCGCAGCUACUCCCCCAUCAGAAAGAGAAGGCGUGAUUCGCCAAGUUUCAUGGAGCCUAGAAGAAUCACUAGUGCUCGGAAGCGUCCAAUCCCCUAUUAUCGACCCAGCCCUUCCUCUUCCAGCUCACUUACCAGCUACUCCUACAGUCGCAGCCGCAGUCGCAGCUAUGACAGCUACAGCAGCAGCAGGAGCCGGACUCGCACCCAGAGCCGCAGUCCAAGCUACAACAGCCGAAGCAGUUCUGAGAGCACUGGAUUUUGAGCAACCCCUGCCAGCCACUUUGAGGAAUGAGCUGGUCCAGCUUUCUCUCCAACCUGUCUCCAUCCCCUUUUUCCAGGCAUGGCCCAACUUAAUUCCUCCAACAGGGCUUGUCUCUGUCAUUUCUCUGGUCCCUUCAGGGACUCAUCCUGGCAUUUCUGGAGAUGCUAGAUGUGUCCCGUGGGCAAGGGCCUUAUGAAUUUGGGCCCAAACCUUAAGUGGGGAGUCAGAAAUUCUGUAAGCAGGACCCAUGGGCCCCAGGGAAAACCAUGAAGCUACCUUUGAAAAUGCACCUCAGCAGAGAGGAUGAAAAACUCAAACAGGAUGUGACAUUUUAGUGUGGCUCAAGUCUCUCCCAGCGAGGACUCAAAUCUAUGGCUGCUUACAUGGAGGAGAGGCACAUUGCUUUCAUUUAAUUCUUUAAUUUCUACCAAUAAAAGGUAGAAAGAAUUCUCCAGAGGAAUAAUGCACCUAUGAUUCCAUAAGAUAAGUAGAACAAAUGAACAAAUUUCAAUUCCAGCAAAGAACUUUGGAUGCCGGAAAAGGAAGAAAAGCGGGAGUGGGGGCGGGAGGGCUUUUUAAUUUCUUGUUCUUGUUUUCUUAACAAACAGGCCACAGAAGAUUCUUCCUUGGGGUUGACUUUUUAAUUUAUUUCUUGCAGAUAUUUAUUUCAAUUUUGGUACCAACUGAAGUUUGGGGUUUAAUUUAUUUGGACAAAAAGGAGAUGGGUGGGAAUGGGCAUAACUCUGUCAUGUUCAUAGGGGAAGAAAAAGCUCUGAUAGCUGUCAAAAAUUGAGGUGGAUGUAUGGAGAAGAAGGAAGGAAAAGAAAGGAGGGAGGGAGGGAGGGAGGGAGGAAGGAAGGAAGGAAGGAAGGCAGGCAGGCAGGCAGGCAGGCAGGCUUCACAAGGAUGCAGAGAUAAAUACUGGAUUUUCAGUUUUUAAAAGAGGGUCCACCUCUGUGGGCCUAAAACCAGCCACAGCCUAAUUGCAACACCCUGAGAUUAUUGGAUAUGGUCACCAAUAACAAAUGCCAAGCACUUCCUGGUAGAUGCUGUCACCUGCAGAAAAUAAUUUGAUUUCAGGUGUAUUUGUUGAAAAGGUCCAAGUGAUACUUCUUGAUUUUUCCCUUCCUAAUACUUUGGAUAAUUGCUGCUGAGCGCAAACAAUGAAGAGCUAGCUGGACAAAUAGUCUGAACUGACACAGGAUACUAUCCCCUGCCCCAUGAUAGCAGGCUGGCUGAAAAGCCCAAGGGUUGUUGGAAAUGGCAGACUGUCAGCCUGAUGUAGUAUAAAAAAGCACUUUGUAUGAAUAUUAAUCUACACACCUCGAGCUCUUGAACUUGGAUGACAAGUUCUUCAAUCAGCUAAACAAAACCAGAAGAGAGAGAGAGAGAUUGAGAGUUGCUAGUCAUACAGGUGAGCUGUCCUAGAAUUGGCUCUAAUGUAAUUUAGAGCACAACCAGGUACCUUCCUUGCAAACCAUGUCAAAACUCAGUUAAGUUUACAGUAUACAAAUAAUAGCUUUAAUGCAAAAUGCCCAAAUGGGCAUAAAGCGCAGCCUUCCCAAGAGAUUAACCUGUCCCUGAUCAUGCCAAGCUGUAGGGCAGAGUUCCCCAACCUUUCCGGCCUUGUGGACCAGAGGAGGUGGGGGAGAGAGGGGAUGGUUCCAGACGAGCGGGCGGCAAGCGGAUGCAUGUACACAGUUCCAUUUGCACUAGCAGUGUGCACACACGCCUGCCGUUCAUGCAAAUGGAGUGCACAUGCACAUGUUCGCUGCUCCUCAUGUGUGCAUGUGCGCACUUGCAGGCUCGCCCACUGUUUCGAUGGCCCGGUUGCAAACACAUCACAUCACCCCAGAAGUUGGGGGCCCCUGCUGCAGGGGAUGGGGGCAGGGAAGAAACAUACAUCUAUAGGAUUUCCUAUACAUUUUAUACAUGUACCUAUACGAUUUCCUUGGCAACCCUUUGAAAUCUAUUAAGAACCUUUCAAUCAAGUCAAAGAUAUUUCUAAAAAACAUGAUAUAAAGAGGACUGAUAAUCUGAAAAAUUGAAUAUUAAAAUAGCUGAAGAUAUGCAGAAUAGAGGAACAGAAAUAUUGGUAGAUCCUUUGUUAGCAUAAUAAAAAUAAAAUGAAGGGUCUAUCACAUCUGUGGAAGCAUUUUUUUUUUUUAUUGCAGCACUUCUCAAUCUCUGGAAACUUUAAAGUGUGUGAACUUUGACUCCCAAAAUUCCCCAGCCAGCCUGCUGGAAAUUCAGGGAGUUGAAGCCCACACAUUUUAAAGUUGUUGAAGCUCAAAACUGUUGAAGUUGAGAAACACUGCUGUAUUGGUUAAGUUUUCUCUGUUCCAUAGAUAUGAAAUCUGCAAAUCAUCCCAUUUAGUUUUAAGGUUUCACUCCAGAAGUUGUUCCUGUAGAAACUGGAACAAUUAAUUCUGGCCUAUAGCCAUUCCAAAGCCAAAACAAGGUAGACAUUUUGAAAGACCUUUGUCAUACAAAUUUAUAGGCUUUUUAUCAUCCUCCAGUUUUUUAAAAGCCCUCGGCUUUUAACAGCCAAAUUUUAGACUCCAAUAUUUAGACUCCAGUAUUUUGAAAUUCAGUGUAGAAAUAUUGGGGGAUGGGGUAUAGUUGAUAGAUUGACAGUGGACAGUAUAUUUUGGCAAAAUAAUUCUUUCUGUGGCCCUGAAACCUUUAUCAUUUUGAACCUGUUUAGUCAGUCUGAGUUAGAAAAUGUUUUGAAGGAAAGUGACUUCUGUUUAUCUCUGUUUUUAAGUGGCACACCAAGUACCUCUGGGAUUGUGGAGAUCAAGCACUGCCAGGCACAAUUAUAAGAUAAAAGAAAGUCUGGUUUGGUUGACAAAAUGAAAGGAAUAACGGGCUCCAUUUUUAAAAAAUAUGGUUUGAGGUUUCUCUGUUUGCAGAACAAUUCCCUGUCUAGUGUUCAACAAUUUAUAUUCUUAAUGUUUUUAUAAGUGCUUGGGAAGGAGGGCAGGCAAUGAAUUUGGUCAAAACUUCUCCCAUUAAAUCACACACAGCCUUUGUGUGGGUUGGCACUCUAUGGCCAAUUUGACAAUAUUAAACAUUGAUUAAUGGCCAGCAGUUUCCAAACCAAGUUAACAAGGACUGCAACCACAGUGCUCCUCCCCAUUAGUGCAUUCUCUCUGGCUUUCUAGUUUCUAUAACAGCAAAACCCAGCCAGCAGUAAUGAACAGAAAAAAAUGGUUUAUCAGGGAAAAUGUUCAGUCUUCCUAGUAUUCAUUGGGCAUCUCUGCAAGAAAUAGCAAACAGGAACAAAAUAUGUUGUAGAAAAUCUCUCUCUUCCUCUCUCUCCCUCUCUCUUUCUAGAUUGUGAGUUAAGCUGUAGAUUCAAUGAUCUGGUUCAAUUAUAAUAAAAUGUACAAUAUCUAUAUUGUAAUGGAAUCUCCAUCAUGAAAUAGAGUCCUUGCUCGGGGAUUGGACAAUGUCAAUGAAAAGCCAUAAGUCAGCGGCAGAAACCAUGCUUUGCAUGGAAAAGUCCAAGGUUUAAUACCAAUGGGUGGAAAAAGAGCUGGGGGAAAAAAACCUUGAUCUGAGAUUGAGGAGCUGCUGCUAGUCGCUUUAGGCAAAACCGCGCUCAAUAGCCUGACUCAUUGCCAAAGACUAUUUCAAAGAUAUACUCAAAUAUAUAUCCAGAUAUGUGUGCAAAGAAUUCCUCUCAAAACCCUGGAGGGCAACCAUAAAGAUAUAGAAUUGGGAGUGGAACCCGAGACCUUGCAACGAGAAGUCCUUUGCAGUCAGCAGAAGUCUUUCAUAGUAGGUGUCUAAAAGUGACAGGCGGUAAUAGCAAUAGCACUUAGACUUAUAUACCACUUCACAGUGCUUUACAGCCCCCUCUAAGAGGUUUUCAGAGUCAGCAUAUUGCCCCUAACAGUCUGGCUCCUCAUUUUACUGACCUUGAAAGGAUGGAAGGCUGAAUCAACCUUGAGUAAGCAUUCAUUAAGAGCCAAUGAGAUAUGUACGUGUUUGUGCAUAAGUAUCCCACCUACUGGACAAGUGAGUCCAUCAGCUGCCCAAUUUUAGAAUCCGGUAAACUCACUGAGGGUGGUAUGUUGUUGUUUUUUUACCAAAUUUCUACAUCAAUAUUAAUCUGUUGAAAUAUUUAAGCAUGUUCAAACACCAAGUAAAAUUUCCAUAAAUAUCUUAGAGUUUAUAGGAAGUGUACGAUACUUAUUUCAGCUAAAUGAGUAACUUCUUAACUUUCCAAACUUUUUUACUGCAUUAAUGAAUUCUAGUACACAACUUUCAUAAUAAUAAGAUAUCAGCAUGGAGUAAUAAUUGGUGUUCAAUUCCAGCUGGUUUUAUGCCAGGGCUUUCUUUCUAUUGCCUGAACAAUAGUCCCAAUAUCAAAUUAAAUGUAAGAAGAUAGAGAUAAGGCACAUCCUCAAUAAAAGUAUAUCCUUUAUUGCAGGUUCCAAUUCUUUUAUCAAAAUGAUGAAAGUGUAUGAUGUCACCAUGAAUUUACAAAAGGACCAAAGCUUGAAUCACAAUAGCAUAAUUGCAUCAUUUCUUCCCAGUUCAUGGAUGCCUCUGAUCCUUGAUGACAUUAGAACAAAACAUAAAAAGGCGAGGAAAAUUCUAUUUGUGAUAAUCCUGGAUGAAGGAUUGGAAUACAUUUUAUUUAAAAAAGGACUUUUUCAUUGGAAAUAGACAUAACAGUAAAAAAAAUCUAAGAAUUUUGAUUAAUAUUAUUGCCUGGAGUCUGGACAAGAACCAGUUACUCCAAAGAGGAAAUCUCCUACCCUUUGGUUAUUAAUAUUUAUUAGUUGAGUUUACAACACAUGAAUUCCUAUGAGAGCUUUAGCUUUAUUUGCAAAUGAGAUUUCUCUAUAUAUUGGUAGUAAAACCUUUUUAUGAUUCUCACAUACAUUUUAUAAUGGAAGGAACUGUCAAGGGAGCUGGAAGCUGAUUGCUUUGAAAAAGUGGAACCUGAAAUACAUGUGUUUAUUAGAAGGAAAGUUAAAGUUCCAACACAGGAACUCCAACAAGUACUCUACUUUCAAAUGAGAGACCAAUAAAAAGCAAUUUCCAGAGCACAAAA